UUUUUAAUUAUUACUUUGCAUCCUUCUCCGUGCUUUUCCCAUCCGACAGACAGUGAAGGAGGCGAUUAAACAAACGUGCAAAUUUCUUGCUCAUUUGCAUCAGCAGGCGAGGUUACUAGCGGACACAGACCAAGGCCAGGGUCCAGGAAUAGUUACCCCCACCCCGCGCAAUCUUGCUUCAUCUUUCCCUCGCCUUGCGUCGCCGCGCAGACGCUAUGACUCACAUUCUCUUUCGGAACGCGGAGACUAGCAGCGGCUACAUUAGUAUCGGUUGUGGGAGCAGGUGAACAGCACCAGUACCUCGCAGUGUCGUGAGGCCGCCUGCUCCGGAAGCUGAUGGCGAGUGGGACAACAAUGACGCUUCGAGGCCGGCGUAUUUCCGCGAAGUCUAUGGAUGGGGAUGGUAUGAGAGCCUCAGAGGGACCUGGCGAGGAGUGCGCCCGAUCGGUCAGUAAUGGAAAAGUAGAUGCUGAAUAUGCAAUCAAUAAAAAGAUGCAGCUGAAGCUUAAGGCUGAGCAAAUGAAGAAUGACUUGCUGAGACAGCUUGAUUCUCAUUUUAACCAUUUUGUGGAUGAUUUGAUUGAUGAAUCAACCACCUUGGAUUCCUCUGUUACUCCUUUCUUGUCUGCAUCUAUGACUAAGGAACAGGCAGCUAUGGCUAACAGACAGGCAAGGGCACCCCCAGAAAAAGGCAAGCACUUCAUGUCUCGUCGAUCUCUGCUUGAUGAACUCUUCCAAGUGAAUCAUAUCCGGACCAUUUAUCACAUGUUCAUCGCUUUACUCAUUCUGUUUAUAGUCAGUACCCUGGUAAUGGACUUCAUUGAUGAAGGAAGGCUGGUCCUUGACUUCGAUCUAUUGGUUUAUGCUUUUGGGAGAUUCCCAAUUGUCAUUUCCACUUGGCUUUGUAUGUUCCUGUCUACGCUUCUCAUUCCAUAUGGCUUAUUUCUAUUUUGGGCAUCUGGAUACCAGGCAACGAAACACAAGGUUCUGCGGACAGUGUUCUUUGGUGUAUUGUUCUUGCUGUUUCAGACACUAGGACUGUGGGCUGCCCCAGUCUAUACUGUCAUCCAUUUUCAACUACCUCCUGCCUCCCGCUUCAUUGUUAUCUUGGAACAGGUCCGCUUGAUGAUGAAAGCACAUUCCUUCAUACGGGAGAACUUGAGCAGAGUGGCAAUGAACAGAGAGAAAAAUGGUGGCAUUCAGCAGGUACCACAAUUCUCCCAUUACCUCUACUUCCUUUUUGCUCCUACUCUCAUCUAUCGGGACAACUAUCCCAGGAAUCCUACAAUUAGAUGGAGCUAUGUUGCUACAAAAUUUGCUCAGGUUCUGGGCUGCCUGUUUUACGCUUACUAUAUUUUUGUGCGGCUUUGUAUCCCAUUGUUCCGAAACAUCAGCCGAGAGCCAUUCAGCUUGAAGGUCCUGGUUCUUUGCAUUUUCAACUCCAUUUUGCCAGGUGUGCUUGUGCUGUUCCUGGCUUUCUUUGCAUUCCUCCACUGCUGGCUCAAUGCCUUUGCUGAAAUGCUGCAGUUUGCUGACAGGAUGUUUUAUAAGGACUGGUGGAAUUCCACAUCCUUUGCAAACUAUUACCGGACCUGGAAUGUAGUGGUCCAUGACUGGCUGUACUAUUACGCUUACAAAGAUUUUCUCUGGUUGUUCACCCACCGAUUUAGGGCUGCAGCUAUGCUGUCAGUCUUCACCGUGUCCGCUGUGGUUCACGAGUAUGUGCUGGCUGUAUGCUUUGGCUUUUUCUACCCCGUGCUCUUCUGCUUGUUCAUGUGUUUUGGAAUGGCUUUCAAUUUUGUCCUGCAUGACCGUCGGAAAGGGCCUGUUUGGAACGUGGUGAUGUGGACGUCGCUGUUUCUGGGCCAGGGCAUGCUAGUGUGUCUAUACUCACAGGAGUGGUAUGCCCAGCAGCACUGUCCCCUUACAAAUCCAUCCUUCUUGGAUAUGUUGAAGCCUCGGUCUUGGACCUGCCGCUUAAACUCGUAACGGAUGAAGCUUGUGUCCCCGAAUCUACAGAAAACUGGGAACAUUUCCGUCGGAUUGUGGCAGCACCUUUUGUAAACCAAAUGAAUGUUUUUCUUUCACCAGAUAGUGCCUGCUUCUUGUUCUGUCAUGGGUUUUGGUCAUAGAGCUGGAUAUUUUUCUGAAACAUUAAUCACAGGACAAAUACCAAUUUAGUGCUACACAUACUGUAUUAAGUAUCCAACUCUGGUGUUUGGAGGUGGGGGGAAUGCCAGAAACAAAAUAUUGAGAAGAAGGACAUCAAGAUAUUUAAAUUCAAAUUCUUUCUCCUUUCCCUGCCGUUUUGUCCCCACUAGCCAUACAAAAAGUGAGGAAAAAGUUAAACUUGAAGGUUUACAUGUUACUAGCAAAUAUACAUGCUGAAUAUGCACAAAUAAGUUUACAGGUGUGUAUCAUUUUACAAUUGAAUACAACAGUGCAACUUAAAGGGGGAGUAACUUCUUGGUUUAGCACGCUAAUGCAUUUUGUGCCAUAAAGGUGAUAACCAGAUAUGAGGCUAGCAUUCCUACUGAUAAGUUCCAUAUCUUGGUGGCAAGAAACUGCUAACGUUUUAGGUCAGAGACCUUGCUGAGCAUUUCCAGCAACUUUUAUGUUUUUUUAAAUGAUACUAGUCAGACCCACUGAACAAAUGUUUCUCCUCCCUACCCUGGGUGUCAUGGCCAAUUAAACUGCUCUCAGUGGCAUUCCAAUCAGGAAGCUGGGAAUGAAAGCAGGACCUUGGCUUUCUCCAAAAGUCAGCACAUUUACUUGCUAAGCUAGAUUCACUGAUAGAUUUCAAACAAAAAUUGGAUGGGAAACAGGAUUUACUGUUGGUGUUGGUUAAUAACUUCACUGUCAACUAAGUGAAUUAUCUAAUUUAGCAUGAGAUUGGGGGGGAAAAAAACUUGAGUAUUCUGCUCAUAAUGUCUCGCAGCAAUUAGCUUUAUGCUCUGUUUCUGCACUGGUGGAUUUUCAUCUGUUUAUUCACCCUAGGACAGUAAUUGUUGCUUAAUAAAAUGAAGGAAAAACACUAUCAACAACAAAAUUAAUUUUGACAAAAAUGGAUUGUCUUAAAGCUGUGUAUUCAAAGUUCCAAAAUCCCCUCGGCUUGUUCAAUUUUGUCAAACUUGCUGCACUAACUAAAUGAGAAUAUCCUGAAUCUAACGUAGUAGGUUAUCUGUUUAAAUCAUCAUGUGCAAUUGGAUGAAAUUGAGGUCAGAAUACAUUGUGCAUUUGGUUUUGGUUAUGAAUCCAGAAACUGAAAACCCUGUCAUUAAGCCAGGUCAAGAAAUUACUUAAUUUGAGCUGAGAACUGAGACAAUGGUGGCUGCUUAUUAUAACUAACAUUUUUGUAUGCAUUUUAUUGUAUUUUUUCUGUACUUUGUUCCAUUAAUUGAAUUCUUGGAUUGGAAGCUUAUAAAUUGAAAUACAUAAUAAAUCAAACACCCUAAUCUUUUCACUCUUCUCUGCAAAGGGUGUUUCACAAACCAAGAUCACCAUUACAUAGCACCAUGCAAUAUAUAACCCAGAAAAAGAUAUUGAUUUUUGAGGCCUUUCCUAUUAAUGUUUUACUAACUUUCCCAGUGAUCUGCUAAUGUUAAUGCAAUUCCCUCAUAGUCCUGUUUUGGGAAAUAACUCUUGAACACAAUAGCUUCUGCCUGCUGUUAGUAAAAUGUUUUGUUUUCUCUAGGCAUGGAACUAAAUGGACUAUAGUUGCACUGCAGGAUUUUGUAUCAUCUUGCUCAGACAGAUGCCAUUUAUUUGCCAGACCAAGUAGUCCUUGGCAGUAUUGUGGAAAAAUCCUUGACUGCGAUCCUAAUUACCAAAGAUGUCUAUCAAGCAAAGGAUUUCCUGGGGGGAGGGGGGAGAGAAAAAUAUAAGCAAUUAUUUAAAUAAAAUCCUUUUUAUUUGUACGGUUGGGUAGGAGACUAACUUCUACCUAAAACUUUUGUUUUUCCUGUUGGUUGUGCACUGAAUAGACUUCACAUUGCAGGUUAAGAUACAGGUGCUGCUGCUUAAUUUUUUUUAAAUUCCAAAGUACUCCCCAGUUAAUUUUUUCUACUAGUGGAUUUGCACUAAGAUUCUGUACUGAAAGAUAACCCUGUGCCAAAAUGUUUUCUUUCUGUGUAUCCUUGAAUGGAUCUUGAACUUGACCAUGAAAUCCUUGAAAAUUUGUUUUUAAAGACCUGUACUCUAAUCCCUCAUCCUGCCCCGAGCUCAGUUGAUCUUUGCAUAGCAUUGUCAGACUUUAAUUUUCUCUUUUGGAGUGCUCAGAUUUUUAAAUGUAAUUGGGGCAAUUAAUGGAUUCCAGGCUGGUCCCUGGAACUGAUAACUGCUUCAAGUAUUCUUUCUGUCAAUAUGGAAUUUGUUGUUCACUAUAUAGGAGUGGCUUCAGGUUGAAAGCAUUUUAGUGUGUAGAGGUGUUACAUGUCCAAAAUUGUAAUUGGGCACCAUGUUGCAAACACUUAACCAAAAUUUUAUAUUAGGAGAUAUUCAUUUGAUGUCCUUUACCAAGGAAGUUAUUUGUAACAAGACCUAAUUUGGACAUAGCAGCAUGCAACAUUUUCCAAAUUGCUAUUUGUCCAUUAUUUAUAAUCCAGGAUCCAAAUCCACCUCCCCCCCCAGAAUUUUGCCUGUUUCAAAAGCACUUGCAAUUAAUGUACCAUCAUACAACUUCUGUGAAAACUAUAAUUUGAAGUGCAUUUAACUAGAUGGGGACAGUAUUUGGAAAAGCAGCACAUGCUCCUAGAGAUUCAAAGGUGAAGCACAGAUUAGAUGAAUGUUGUAUUCAAUCACAGUUGUGUUUAUCCAAAUAUGUAUUUUAAAUGGGUGCAUAGUAUUUUUGGGCUAUCUAUUAAAUGAGGUGGAAAUGCCAGAGUAAAAACCCCUUGUGAAGUAUUUGGUUAAAAUGUAAAUAUGAGUAAUGGACAUGAACCACCAAAUUUAUUUUAAGUUGCCUUGGUGCUUUAACAACUGGAAAAUAUCACCUUGUUUGAAAGGAAUUUUGUCCAUAAUUUGAACAUAAUGCUGUCUACUGGUGGAGAAGAGGUUUUGUUCAUUGUGCUUGCAAUAUUCUAAUCUGAUGACAACUAUUUCAAAUGUGAUUAUACAGCAAGUAAUCUUUCUUUACUGAUACAGUAUGAUAAAUGUAAAAUAGGCCAAUGUCUGCAAUGUCGCACAAUAAUUGUAUGAUUGUUGCAGACUGUUUUGAAGGAUUUUUACUCUGACAUUUUGGCAAGUUUUAUUUUGUGUAUAUAAAAUGUACACAUCUGACUCUAAAUGCCACACUGCAGAAGAUUGCUAUCCAACACUAGCAUUCCAGCUCAAAUGUUUAAUAAUUUUGUCAUUUGAUAUCUGCCUCACUAUUGGGAUGGAUUCCAUUGCCCUCCUGACAAUUGAAACUUGUUAUAUAUCUAGUAUGUAUAAAUUUAUAAAACUAAUUCCAUCCAGUGUUUUGUAGCAAAAAAUUGUUUAUUCAAAAUGUCUGAUAUCCCAGAGUGCUUUUUGUUUUAAAUCCUUAGUGCUCUAUAAUUUUGAAAGUUGGUAUUGGAUAUUAUAAUAUACUGAUGGCUUUAAGUGUGCCUUUUAUUAUUUUCUCUGCAUUGAUUGUUUUCAUCAAACAGUGACAUUUAUCUGUGGAACUACUAUACACUUCUAUUUAAUGUAAUUUCAUUGUGAAACAGUUCUUGCUUUGAGUUCUGUGGUUCUCAUGCAAAUGUAGCCCGAUUUCGUUUCUGGGGUUUGACCUCGCCCGAUGCCAAAGCAUUUCGCUUGCCACCCUAUGGUUCAAGUUCAACAUAGAAAUAUCAGAAUCAAUGCAGAUUCUCAACUUGAAUUGCAUAUGCUGUUUACUGUAUUUUUCUGCACAGCUUCAAUAGUACAAUGAAUCACUGUUCACAAGCAGAUGCAAUCAUUUUUAUUCAAAUGAAAAACUAGUUCUGACAUUGCAGGGGGCAGUGCAUGGUUGAGAUUUCUUUUCUUAAGUUAAGAUUAGGACUCUCCAUGGAUGGUGGUUGGUCAGCUCAGACUUCUUUAUUUCUCUAAUUGACUCUUGAUUGCUAUUUUAGGUUAUGGGUUAACUUGUUGUCAAGGUGCAUUUCUGUAGCACCUUUCAACAGCUCAGAACAUCCUGGAUGUUUUAUGACCUGUGAAGUAUUGUUGAAGUCAAAUCACUGCCAAAGUGAAGGAAACAGCAACCAUUUGUGCAAUUUGCAAGGUCUGACCAAAGAAAAAUGAGGUGUAUGAUUUGGAAUAAGUAUUUUGUUGUUUGAGAAAUAAAUUUUGGCUCAGGCACUGGUACAUUUCUGCUUGUAAUUUAUGGGGCAAGUGCAUUGCUGACGAGGCCAGCAUGUUAUUUUUGUAACUUACGGUAAUUUUUAUGUCUUGCACUGCACUGCUGCCGCAAAGCAACACAUUUCACAACACGUCAGUGAUAAUAAACCUGAUUCUGACAAAUUGGAUAGACCAUAUAAGGAUAGGAGAUGGGCUUUCCUAGCGUACAUUAGGUUAUAGCGGUCUUGCAAUUGAAAGGUUUGAGUUCAAAAUCCCUGCUGUGAAAUUUAAAUAUUGUUAAUAAUCUGGAAGUGUCAUUCGUAGUGAUGAUCACAAAUUAACUGAAUUGUUUAAAAAAAAACUAUCUGAUUCAAUAAUGUAAUUUGAUGAGGAAAUCUGCCGUUCCUACCCUGUUUAGCCAAUAUGUGAAUACAAAUUCAGUUAUGUAAUUGAGUCCGAAAUGUCCCCUGAAGUGGCUGAGCAAGCAGGGCUGUUCAGAGGCAAUUAGGGAUGGGCAAUGUGUUGGCCAUGCCAGUGGCCCUGGAUACCAAAAAAUAAAUUAAGCAAAAGGCGUUUUUUGUGCUUACUGAUACUAGCUAUUAAUUUCAAAUUCGAAGGCAGAAUACAAGGUUAAUGGCAGGACUCUUAGCAGUGUAGAGGAACAGAGGGAUCUUGGGGUCCACGUCGAUAGAUCCCUCAAGGUUGCCGUGCAGGUUGAUAGAGUUGUUAAGGCAUAUGGAGUGUUGGCCUUCAUUAGUCGGGGGAUUGAGUUCAAGAGCCACAAGGUGAUGUUGCAGUUCUGUAGAACUCUGGUCAGACCAUACCUGGAGUAUUGUGUUCCGUUCUGGUCGCCUCAUUAUAGGAAGGAUGUGGAAGCUUUAGAGAGGGUGCAGAGGAGAUUUACCAGGAUGUUGUCUGGAUUGGAAAGCAUGUCUUAUGAGAAUAGGUUGAGAGAGCUAGGGCUUUUCUUUUUGGAGAGAAGGAGGAUGAGAGGUGACUUGAUGGAGGUUUACAAGGUGAUAAGAGGCAUAGCUUGAGUGGACAGUCAGAGACUUUUUCCCAGGGCAACAAUGGCUAACACAAGGGGGCAACUGCUCUGCCCAGGACUGCAAGAAACUGCAGAGAGUUGUGGGCACAGCCCAUUGCAUCAUGGACACCAGCCUCCCCUCCUUGGACUCUGUCUUUACCUCUUGCUGUCUUGGUGAGGUAGCCAGCAUAAUCAAAGACCCCACCCACCCAGGACAUUCUCUUUUCUCUCCUCUUCCAUCGGGUAGAAGAUACAGGAGCCUGAGGGCACGUACCACUAGACUUAAGGACAGCUCCUACCCCACUGUGAUAAGACUAUUGAAUGGUUCCCUUAUACGAUGAGAUGGACUCUGACCUCACGAUCUACCUUGUUGUGACCUUGCACCUUAUUGUACUGCACUUUCUCUGUAGCUGUGACACUUUACUCUGUACUGUUAUUGUUUUUACCUGUACUACAUCAAUGCACUCUGUACUGACUCAAUGUAACUGCACUGUGUAAUGAAUUGACCUGUACGAUCGGUAUGCAAGACAAGUUUUUCACUGCACCUCGGUACAAGUGACAAUAAUAUACCAAUACCAUAAUUUUAAGGUGAUUGGAGGAAGGUAUAAGGGGGACGUCGGGGUAAGUUUUUGUUACACAGAGUGGUGGGUGCGUAGAGCGCACUGCCUGCAGAGGUUGUGGGGGCAGAUACAUUCGGGACAUUUAAGAGGCUCUUGGACACAUGAAUGAUAGAAAAAUAAGGGGGCUCUGUGGGAGGGAAGGUUUAGAUAGAUCUUAGAGCAGGAUAAAAUGUCGACACAACACCGUGGGCUGAAGGGCCUGUACUGUGCUGUCGUGUUCUAUAUAUUUGUUGCCCAUUCCCAUAUGCUCUUGAGAAAGUGGUGGUGAGCUGCCUCCUUGAAAUACUGCAGUACCUCUAUACUUCUACUGUGUUAUUGUAUAAUGAGUCCCAGGAUUUAGACCCAGUAAUAAAGAAACUGGUGACAUUUCUGUCAGGGUGCUGUUACUUAGAGGAAAAUCCUACAAAAGGGCUUUUCCUUCUUGCUGCUCUUCUACUUGCAGGUCGUAGAAAUAACCUGGUUUGGAUGUGCUGUUGAAGUUGUGCAUUUUGUAGAUGGUGUGCUGAUGUUGAGGGAAUUAAUGUUUGGGCUGGUGGUUGGGAUGCUAAUCAAUUUGUUGAUUAGCAUCCCAACCACCUAGAUGGUAAAAUGUUGCUUGUGUUGUUGGAGUUGCACUUAUCUGGGAAAAGUGUAAAAUAUUUCCUCAUUUUCCUGACCUGUGCUUUGUAGUUAUGGGAAAGCUUUGGGUUGUGAGGAAAUCAGUUAUUAGUUGCAAAAUAGUUAACCCUCUUUUCUGCUUUUGCUGCCACAAUGUGUAUGUGGUUAGUCCAGUUUUUUUUCCCCCCAGGAUUUUGAUAGUGGGGAACAGUACAGCCCAGAAGAUAAUUUAUGUUGACCUACUGCAGGGAUUUCUGAUCAGCAUCUAAUUUGAAAAAUGCCACCUUGCAAGAGACCAGCACUGAAAUCCUAACCUAAAAUGUGUUUCAACUCUGGGCUUGGAGUCCACAAAUAUCUGAAUUGAAUGAGUGUACAGAUAGUUGUAUUAAAACAAUUUAAAAAAAAAAAAAAAAAAAAAAAAAUUUUUUUUGCAAUGAUCUUGCAGUAUAGAUCACUUGCAAAACUUGCUCAGUUUUCUCCUUGAUGGUUGACAUACUACGAAUCAUUGAGAGAAUUCAAAGCAAAAUUAUACACUGUUCACUUUUGUUUCAAGUGUACCAUGAUCAAGGAAGGCAAUCUGAAGGGAUUAUCAAUUUGCCAUGGGGCAAAAUGAUUAAAAUCAGUUGUUACCAAAAUUCACUGAAGUUUGUCCACAAGCUGUGUCACUUGGCCCAUAAAUGAUGUGCAGAAAUGUCCCAGUGAUCCAGCUAAUUUCCAGGUGUUUGACAAAUAAAAGGGUUUUGCAUAUAAUUGUGGGGUUAUGCAAAGUUAGUGAUGAGAGAAAUAGUCAGUGUUUCAGGUCAAUGACCUCUCAUCAGAACUUGGAAAAAUUAGAAAUCAAACAUGUUAUAAGUUGCAGAAUGGUGGACAGAACAAAGGGUAUUAACUAAAGGAGUCUAAAUGACACAAGUGGUGGUUGUCCCAGCUGAGAGAAACAUGUGAAAACUGUUAAUUGCAGAUCAACCUGGAAGAGAUGUAAAAGUUGAUGAAUGUCAAGAGGGGACAGAAAUAAUGCUGGAACUAUAAGACAAACAAUGGAGAAAUAACAUAUUGCAGAUAAUGGAAAUCUGAAAUAAAAACCUGAAUUCUCUAAUACUCGGGUCAAGCAGCAUCUUGACCCAUUGUCCAUCUGGAAUAGGAAGAAUCAAGCAGUUGGUAUUUAACUGGCUAAGGCAGCAUUAGGUAAACAGAAGAAAAGGACUGCAGAGUGGUGCAGGUAGAAGAGGUGCUUCCUCUGCUCCAACAACCUGGGUUCAGUGCUGAUCUCCAAUGAUGAACUUGUGGAAUUUGCAUGUUCCCUCUGUGACUACAUAUCUCCUCCAAGUGUUCUGAUUUUCCUUCCACAUACUGUAAAAGUGCAGGUUGGUGGGUUAAUUGGCCACUACAAAUUGCCUCCGGUAAGUGGAUGAGUGAUUAAAAUAUUGGUCGUGUGGAUUGAUGGAAAUGAGUGGAAAAUUAAUAUGGCAUGGGAUAAUUGGGUGCUCAAUGGUCAGUGAAGACUCAGGAGGCUAAAGGAUCUGCUUCUAUGUUGCAUGACUCUGAUAGUUGGGGCAGAUCAAAUUUUGGAGAUGAAUACAAACCUCCCCAUAACACUUAAAUAUUGAAGUAAGGAUGUUUAUAUGACUAUAUGCUGGAGAAACAUGCCAACUACCUGGCCCUCAUGACCACACUGGAAGCUUCAGCAUAGUCAGAGAGAAAUAUCUAAGAGGCAGGAUGUGGCCCACAGGCCAUGUGUUGUGCACAAUGGCCAGGGCUAUUUGUUGCUGUUUGCAAAGGUUGUAAAAAUUUGGCUCAAUUUCAUUCACCUCUUUUGGAAACCACACGCCAAUCCUGAUGUAAAGUAGUGGACAGAUGAUCUUUCUGAUAAUGGCACUCUGAAACCAUUACAGAGAUACAUUGUCCUUGGCAAAUCUAUCAUUUUGCUGUGAAACUGACACUAAUUUCUGGAGUAGGCAUAUGUGGAAUAAGUUGCUGUCAGAUUUCCUGCUCCACCUUGCAAGCUGUUACUUAAAUAAUUGCCAAAAUCUAAUAGAUGACAGCUUAAGGGGUAUGAACUUUUCUUAAACUAAUUUGUUUUGCGUAAGGUAAAAAGAGUCUUCAAUGAUACAUUAGACUUUUGUAAUGUUUAUAAGCUUCUCUGGCCUCAAAGCAUGUGGACUGUAAUAUUAAAAUGGGAUUUUAAUUUUAGGUUUGGUAUUUUGGCUCUUAAUUUUGCAUUUCAAUGUUUAUUUUAUCCUGUGAAAUGUUUAAAAAAUUUACCUAUUGUGAAUUUCCUGGUUUGCUGUCUGAAUUUUUUCAAUGCGAUUGUGUACACAGAGUGAGUGCUAGCACCAAUGUUGGGCAUUAGGGAUGCCUAUAAAAGAUGCUUCUAAGCAACUGAUUGUCAGAUGAAAACCAUACCAGAGGUCAUUAGAUUUGGCUAAGCAGCUUCCUGUGGCAUCAGCAACGUGUGUUGUUUCUGAGCCACUGUCACUGAUGAUUUUCCCCUUCAAGUCUACCAGAAAAAUGUUACUCAAUGCCAUGAGCUGUUUGCCAACAAUUUGUGGUGCACCAAUGUUGUCUGACAUUCAACUCGCUAAUUGCAUUUUUUUCCCGAUGGUGUCCUCCACGCUUUUUUUUCUUUGGUUAUGCAAAAGUAAAGUUGGAUACCACUGACGUUUCAAAUGGAAAUGUUCUGAAUCAGUGUGGUCUCUAAUUGAGGCAAUUUGCAAAGCACCUUUUCUCUCCCCCCCCCCCCCC